GUUGUCAAAACCAGAAAGAAGAACAGCCACAACCCUCUUUCCUUUCGGACCAAAAUAGACAGUUAAGGGUGGAGGAGCUGACAUCAACUAGUCAGAAAUGGCUGCCACCGGAGUUCUUCCCUUCAUUAGGGGGGUAGACCUCAGUGGAAACGACUUUAAAGGAGGAUACUUCCCUGAACACGUCAAGUGUAUGAGCAGCCUGCGAUGGCUGAAGCUGAACAGGACGGGACUUUGUUACCUCCCAGAGGAGCUGGCCUCUCUCCAGAAGCUGGAACAUCUUUCAGUGAGUCACAACAGCCUGACCACCUUACAUGGAGAACUUUCCAGCUUACCAAACCUGCGGGCCGUGGUGGCCAGAGCCAACAGCCUGAAGAACUCUGGAGUCCCAGAUGACAUCUUUCAGCUCGAGGACCUCUCCGUCCUGGAUUUGAGCUAUAACCAGCUGACGGAGAUCCCCAGGGAUCUGGAGAACAGCAGGAACAUGCUGGUGUUGAACCUGAGCCACAACAGCAUCGACUCCAUCCCCAACCAGCUGUUCAUCAACCUCACGGACCUCCUGUACCUGGACCUGAGCGACAACAAGCUGGACAGUCUGCCGCCCCAGAUGAGGCGCCUGGUGCACCUGCAGACGCUCAUUCUGAACAACAACCCGCUCAUGCACGCACAGCUGCGCCAGCUGCCGGCCAUGGUGGCGUUACAGACGCUUCACCUGAGGAACACGCAGAGAACGCAGAGCAACAUGCCCACCAGUUUGGAGGGACUGACUAAUUUGGCAGAYGUGGACCUGUCCUGCAACGACCUGACCCGGGUCCCGGAGUGCCUGUAUUCCCUGAGCAGCCUGAAGAGGCUCAACCUGAGCAGCAACCAGAUCUCUGAGCUGUCGCUGUGCAUCGACCAGUGGACCCAGCUGGAGACGCUGAACCUGAGCCGAAACCAGCUCACCUCGCUGCCCUCCGCCAUCUGCAAGCUGUCCAAGCUGAAGAAGCUGUACGUGAAUUCGAACAAGUUGGACUUCGACGGGCUUCCGCCGGGCGUGAGCAAACUCUGCAGCCUGACGGAGUUCAUGGCUGCCAACAACAACCUGGAGCUCAUCCCAGAGGGCCUCUGCAGGUGCGACAAACUGAAGAAGUUGGUGCUGAACAAGAACCGGCUGGUGACGCUGCCGGAAACCAUCCACUUCUUAACUGAGUUGGAGGUCCUGGACGUGCGGGAGAACCCCAACCUGGUGAUGCCGCCAAAGCCGGCRGACCGAGCAGCAGAGUGGUACAACAUCGACUUCUCCCUUCAGAACCAGCUGCGUCUGGCCGGAGCUUCUCCUGCCGUCGUAGCUGCUGCAGGAGGAGGCGCUAGCCCCAGAGAUCACCUGGCGAGGAAGAUGAGGCUGAGGAGAAAGAAAGACUCGUCGCAGGACGAUCAGGCGAAGCAGGUCCUGAAAGGCAUGAGUGACGUCGCUCAGGAGAAGAAGAACAUGGAGGAAAACGGGGACUUGAAAUAUGGAAAGCAUGGCCCUGAAUUAAUUAUUAAUGUGCCUUUCAACCCUUUGUGUGUUUUAAUUCUCCUCCUCCUCGUUGUUAAGGUGUUUAAAUCCAAGUUUAAGAACUGGGACGACGUUUUGAAGGUGGACUACACCAGAGCCGCUGARACUGUGCAGCAACAUGAUAACCUGCACGGCAAAGUGAAGAAGGACGCGGAGCAGAAGGACCAGAUGAAGGCUGACCUCACGGCACUGUUCCUCCCCCGGCAGCCCGCCAUGCCCCUCACCGAGAGAUACUGGGUUCCCGUGGAGUAUGAGGACGAGGACGAGGAGAAAGAGAAGAAGGACGGAGGGGCCGGCAGAGGAGGAGGAGGCAAGGGGGACGAGGAGGAGGAGGACAAACAGCCUGAGGAAGACUUCCAGUGCGUGGUGUACUUCUGGCAGGGCCGGCAGGCGUCCAACAUGGGCUGGCUCACCUUCACCUUCUCCCUGCAGAAGAAGUUUGAGAGUCUGUUCCCCGGGAAACUUAAGGUGGUGCGUAUGACCCAGCAGCAGGAGAACCUCAAAUUCCUGUCGCACUUCAAGAGGAARUUCAUCAUCCACAAAGGGAAGCGGAAACAGAACACAGACUCGGUCCAGCCGUCCCUCUAUCACAUCCGCACCAACGGCAGCGCGCUCUGCACCAGGACCAUCCAGAUCGGUACCGACUCCAGCAAUCUCAACUCUGAGUUCUGCUUCAUACUCAAGGUGCCAUUCGAAAGCACGGAUAACCAGGGCAUCGUUUACACCUGGGUGGGCCGGGCCGCCGACCCCGACGAGGCCAAGCUGGCCGAGGACAUCAUGAACUCUAUGUUUGAUGACACCUACAGCAAACAGGUUAAACAGAGGCUCCGUUCAAACAGGAACCUCUCAGUGAUCACUGACCUAUUCUACGGCUUUUCUCCUUCCAGGUGCUCAAACGAGAAGGGUUAUUUCUCCGUGUCGGAGAAAUGCUCCGACUUUUGCCAGGACGACCUGGCCGACGACGACAUCAUGCUGCUGGACAACGGCAAGGAGGUUUACAUGUGGGUCGGCACUCAGACCAGCCAGGUGGAGAUAAAACUGAGUCUGAAAGCCUGUCAGGUUUACAUCCAGCACAUGCGCGCUAAAGACUCGGAGCAUCCGCGGAAGCUGCGCCUGGUGCGGAAGGGAAACGAGCCUCACUGCUUCACCCGCUGCUUCCACGCCUGGGGGCCCUUCAAAACCCCCCCCUCAUAGGCCGCACACACACACACACAUCCACCCAGCCAAUCCGCUGCCACGUAGGGGUUUUGUUUAAACCAGUAAUCUGAGGUUCCUGUUUUUCCCUCCAUCCUGCAGCCAAAAACAACCAGGAUUUUAACCCAACGUCUCCAAAUCUUCCAGAAAAAAAUCCUGGAUGCUUAAAGUCUGAGAAUGAUGGCAAAAAUAAUGCAAUUUUUUUUUCUAUGAACUUCUAUUUACACAAGCUUGAAUAUUACUGUUAAAUAAGAGAAUUAUCUUUUAAAAUGUACAGAGGAUUUAUGAAAUCUAAGGGAAGGUUUUUCACCUGACAUAUCGUCUCUUAUUGUGCUGCUUUCACUGGUUUUCAGGGGGACGAGGUGCCGUUCACUCAGCUUAUCCAAGCAGUUUUAAGGCACACAUUUAGUUUUUUGUUGAUAUUUUUCAACUUUGAGGGAUUAAACAGGAAAUUGAGGAAUGUCAGCCUAAUACUUAUUACAUGUUUUUAUGCUUUUUUUUUUACCCCCCCCCCUUUCACUAUAAAGCGCUCUUCUCUUUAGUUUUAUCACUUUUCUCGUAUUAAUUUCCCACUGAUGCCGAAUGCAAAACAGCUCUUUGCUGUGGGUGAUUUUGUUUGUUGCUGUUUAGUUGUGAAAAUCUAGUUUUACAUCUAUUUGGCCAAAGACGUUUUCUAGAGGUCAGACUGCAAGAUAACGUUUUUUUUGUUUUGUUUUUCUCGUUUCAAUGUGCAAUCAGUAGAGCCUGGGACAGGCUGAAACUAAAUGACCUUACUGUAUUCUUCUGUUGGAGGCGUUUUACAGCAACCAGGCUCAGAUCUUCAGAAGACCAGAGUGUUUUCAUCAUAUCACGCGUGUCUCCUUGUAAAGAGGGACUUCUGGCUCCGUGGAGUCGAAUCAAGUUCACCAGAUGACUGUAGUUUAUCUUGUGAUCAUGUGACUUGUGUAGAGUGCAGGUAUUGGUCCGGGGAAGGGAUCAGCUGACUGCAAUAUGUCUCAUACUUCUUUAUAUUUUUAUGAGGUGAUUUAUAUGCCUGUUGGCGUGUGAUUCCUGCACAUAUCCGUGUCUCUAAAUGCGCGCGCACACGCUCCUGAUGCCACCUGCAGAUGCUUUAUUUAUGUAUUUUAUAUAAAAUAAAAACCUCACAUCAA